GGUUUGAACCAGGACCUAAGGCAGCAUGAGUCCACCUUCGCAGCUGAACACCUGAGAAUGAUGGCCAACAGAAACUGCACGUUAGAGAACAAGGUGGAAGAUGUUAAAGGUGAGCUGUUGGAGAGGUAUAAGGUGCUUCCUGCUCUCAGCAACCGUCUGUCUGACCUGGAGAACCAGAACGACGAGCUGAGAGAGAAGAACCGACAGAUGGAGCUCAAACUGGCCAACAUGCAGAAACUCAUGAGCUCUCACUCAGAGAAGCUCCUGGAGGUGGAGCUGGAGCUUCGUUCUCUGCGCGUGCUCAGAGACGAAGUGGAGAACCUGAGAGGAACGCUGGAGAACGUCCGGACAAGACUGAACGCUCUGGAACAAGGAGGGCGAGGCGGGACUGGAUCCACAACACAUACUCUGGCAUCCCUGGAGACACAGAUGAAUCGGCAUGACGACAUGCUGAGUGUCCAUGACAUCCGAUUGGCGGACAUGGACUUACGUUUCCAGGUGCUGGAGACGGCAAGCUACAACGGGACUCUGAUCUGGAAGAUUCGUGACUACAAGAGACGGAAACAGGAAGCAGUGGCUGCGAAGACGCUGUCGCUGUACUCGCAGCCAUUUUACACCGGGUACUUCGGGUACAAGAUGUGUGCACGUGUCUACCUGAAUGGAGACGGCAUGGGCAAGGGGACACACCUGUCGCUGUUCUUUGUGGUGAUGAGGGGCGAGUACGACGCCCUGCUGCCCUGGCCCUUCAAACAGAAGGUGACUCUGAUGCUGAUGGACCAGGGUCCCUCAAGGAAACACUUGGGUGAUGCCUUUAAGCCAGAUCCAAACAGCAGCAGCUUCAGACGUCCUGCAGCAGAGAUGAACAUUGCUUCUGGCUGUCCUCUCUUUGUGUCUCAGAGCGUCCUGGAGACUGGCAGCUACAUAAAAGACGACACCAUCUUUAUCAAGGUUACCGUGGAUACCUCUGACCUCCCUGACCCGUGACGUUGAGACCCCUCUGACCUCUGACCUCGCUGGUCUGAGAUCAGCUCACUUGUCCACGCCCAACAGAGUAAAGGAUGAUGGGAAGAAGAAGUGACCGUGGAGGAGGCUCGUCUAUCUGAGUGCAACGCCGAUAGAGGAGGAGAAGAAGAGUCAGAUAGGAAGCAGCCAAUCAGAGUGAACUUCAGAGACCGGAGGGCGGGUCCUUAUCUGAUUGGCUGAUGGGCUACAGAACAGCGUGUGAGUGUGUGUGAAUGGAUCCGUGUUACCAUGACAUUACCAUGGUGACAUCACUCGGAGCCAACAUGGCCGACGCAGCAUGAACUCUGUUGCUGCUCAUUACUGAUGCCGUGCAUCGAGCUUCACUUCCUGUUUAGUACCUGUUUACCAAGGCAUGCUGGGAAUCCACUGCAGCCACAGAGGAGCUCAGAAAACCAGUACAGACCAGCAGGACCCAGAACAGGUCUAAUGUUUUGUAAUCAGAGGUAAAUUAUUUUAGUGCAGAUUGUUAAACAGCAAUUUAAUGUUUGGACUAUAUUUCACAUUACUAGUAACAGACUGACGAUGGUCCUGAUUCAGCUGCAGGUACGCCCGCCGCUCAGCUGCAGGUACGCCCGCCGCUCAGCUGCAGGUACGCCCGCCGCUCAGCUGCAGGUACGCCCGCCGCUCAGCUGCAGGUACGCCUGUCGCUCAGCUGUCGCUCAGCUGCAGGUACGCCCGUCGCUCAGCUGUCGCUCAGCUGCAGGUACGCCCGCCGCUCAGCUGCAGGUACGCCCGUCGCUCAGCUGCAGGUACGCCCGCCGCUCAGCUGCAGGUACGCCCGCCGCUCAGCUGCAGGUACGCCUGUCGCUCAGCUGUCGCUCAGCUGCAGGUACGCCCGUCGCUCAGCUGUCGCUCAGCUGCAGGUACGCCCGCCGCUCAGCUGCAGGUACGCCCGUCGCUCAGCUGCAGGUACGCCCGCCGCUCAGCUGCAGGUACGCCCGCCGCUCAGCUGCAGGUACGCCCGCCGCUCAGCUGCAGGUACGCCCGCCGCUCAGCUGCAGGUACGCCCGUCGCUCAGCUGCAGGUACGCCCGCCGCUCAGCUGCAGGUACGCCCGCCGCUCAGCUGCAGGUACGCCCGCCGCUCAGCUGCAGGUACGCCCGCCGCUCAGCUGCAGGUACGCCUGUCGCUCAGCUGUCGCUCAGCUGCAGGUACGCCCGUCGCUCAGCUGUCGCUCAGCUGCAGGUACGCCCGCCGCUCAGCUGCAGGUACGCCCGCCGCUCAGCUGCAGGUACGCCCGUCGCUCA